AUUUCACUUUGUCAAGGCGAGUCCGGUUCAGCCGAAUCCCAUCCAACCCUCGACAUCGAUCAGCAACAUCAUCUCAACACUUCACUGUAAACCCCCUAACAAGCCACAGUGGUCAAUGAUGGUGGUCGUCGCAGUGUCGCUGCUGCUGCUGCUGCUGCUGCUCGUUGUCGCCGUCGUCGUUUCCCCGUCCCUGCGUCGCACUGCGUCUCUGUGGGCCAAGACGCUCCCGCGCGACAUCCGGAGCUUGUACUGCUUGAUGGACAUCACGGUCAGGAUGCAGUAUCUGUCGCAUCGCGGGAUCAACGUUGUGGAUUUGUUCGAGCAGCGCGCAAGAUCGGCCAAGUACGCCGACAAGGUCGCCAUCAUCCACGAACUGCAUGGCCGCGAGUUUACAUUCCGCGAUCUGGACGUCUUGUCCAACCGCGUGGCAAACUACGCACUGGCGCAGGGCAUCAAGAAGGGCGACGUGGUUGCGCUGUUUAUGGAAUCGCGCCCAGAAUUUGUCGCAAUGUGGCUGGGCCUCGCCAAGAUUGGCGCCGUCACUGCCUUCAUCAACUUUAAUCUCAAGGGCGCGUCGCUGACGCAUUCGAUUGCCAUCGCGCACGCCAAGGCGGUCAUCUUUUCCUCAGAACUGUCCGACACGCUCGCCGAAGUCUACCCUGGCCUCAGCAAGGCCAUCGCCCUCGCGGCAGCGACCACCGCGGGACUGCCUGCUGACAAGGCCCCGCCAGCAGUCCGCCUCCCGCUGUUUUCCUUUGGCGAGGCGAGAGGCGCCGUCACAGAGUUCUCGCCCUUCCGCGUCGACCAGUUCAUCAUGUCUGAAAACUCGACCGUCUCGUCUGCACCCCCGCCGCGCCCAGCUCGCACCUUCCACGACGUUCUCUUGUACAUUUACACGAGCGGCACGACCGGCCUGCCCAAGGCGGCCCUGAUCAAGCACGACCGCUUCUUUUACAUGGCCUACAGUCUGGCUCUGCUCUUCCGCAUCACCGAGCACGACCGCGUGUAUUGCACUUUGCCGCUGUACCACUCUGCCGGUGGCAUUGCCGGUAUCGGACAGGCCUUGGUGAACGGCGCGACCGUGGUCGUUCGCUCCAAGUUUUCGGCCUCGCGCUUCUGGGACGACUGCAUCAAGUUUGAGUGCACAGUCAUUCAGUACAUUGGCGAGCUGUGUCGCUUUUUGCUGUCGACACCUCCGUGCGACGCCGAGCAGCAGCACCGAGUCCGCCUUGCUGUUGGCAACGGCAUUCGCCCGGACGUCUGGCGCGAGUUCCAAACCCGCUUCCGCAUCCCGCAGAUUGGCGAGUUCUACGGCUCGACCGAAGGCAACGCCAACCUGGUCAACACGGAAAACCGCGAGGGCGCCAUCGGGUUCAACUCGAUCAUCUUGCCCAACGUCUACCCCGUCAAGGUCAUCCGCUACGACAUGCAGAACGACUGUCCCGUCCGCGAUCCCAAGACUGGUCUGUGCAUUGUCUGCAAGCCCGGCGAAAUUGGCGAGCUGGUCGGCCGAAUUGUGUCCAACCGCCCGCUUCGCCAGUUUGACGGCUAUGUGGGCGCAGCUGCCGCGUCCCGCGAGCGCAAGCUUGCUCGUGAUGUGAUGGCCAAGGGCGACUGCUUCUUCCGCACGGGCGACCUGCUGCUGAUGGACGAUGAAGGCUACUUGUACUUUAAGGAUCGUGUCGGCGAUACCUUCCGCUGGAAGGGCGAGAACGUGUCGACGACCGAAGUGGAGGAGGCCGUCCGCGAGUGUCUUGGCCAGGACUGCAGCGUUUCCGUGUAUGGUGUCGAGGUGGCCCAAAACCCCGGCCGUGCCGGCAUGGCGGCCAUCUCGUUUGAAUCCACCCAGGAUGCCGACGAGUCCGCCAACAGCCACAAGUCCCCCAAGCAACCGCCUCAGACUCAGCUCACCACGUCACAGCUCGACAUGCUCCUCAAGGGCGUCAAUGCGCGCUUGCCCGUGUACGCACGGCCGCUCUUCCUCCGCGUGGUCGCUGAGCACGACAUGACUGGCACCUUCAAGUUGAAAAAGUCAGACCUGCAGAAACAAGGCUUUGAUCCCAAGGAGACUGCCGGUGAUGUUUGCUACUUUAUGAGUCCCUCUGCAAAGCAGUUUGUCAAGGUCGAUCAGGCGCUGGCCUCUCAACUGCAAAGUGGUGAAAUCCGACUUUGAAUGGGGUGGAGUUCCUCUUUUGCUGUUUCUUAUUUGUUUGUUUUUUCUGAUUGUUGAGUGUGGCAAUGUCAGAGUUCCGCGGUUUUUUUUUGUUCUGCGCAAAUGUGUCUCGAUGCGAAUACAAUUGAG